GAAUCAAUAUGUCGGUACAUCAUCCCGAACUACCCCAAGGAACAUCCCUUAAAGCCUACGGCACUUCGUAAUCUUGGGUGGAUUCUUUAUUGUCGCUAUGAAGCCACUGGCUCUACGACAUACCUUAACGAAGCUGUGGGCCAGCAGCGACUAGCACUGACAGAGAUGCCUAUGUCCCAAUUUAAUGAAACACAUCAACAUCUACGCUACCUGGGAUGGUACUUAUAUUCCCAGUAUGACUCACUGGGUAAUGCUACGACUCUCGAGGAGUGCAUCUCUGUCCUUGCAGAAGCUCUAGAACACUGUCCAUCCACACACAUUGACAGGAAUAAAUUGCUCAGCGACAUGCUGUGGGCACUGUAUCGCAAAGCUAUCCAUUAUGGUGAUAUCAAGGAGAUAGAUCAAGGGAUA